GCUAGGUUCGACGCAGUCUUCGCAGUUGGUUCGUCUAUGGGGGAGUUUUGCUCUAAGCCGGAGAGUGGGAAUUCUCAGUCACAUCCCGGUGUUCCUGCUGUUGGUACUCAACAUGCUAGGUCAAGGGAAAGCAAUGUCCCGAGUGCUUCUGCAGCAACAGCUGGCUUUCUAUCUAAUAUGUGUGACACAAUAUCCCGCUUACAAUCCGAAAAUCAUUUACCCUCGAACGCCCCACCACCAGGUUCGCGGAUUGCCCCCAGCCCUGAACAGGGUUAUGCCAGUAGUAUUAAUCGGAAUGGAAGGUCUGAUAGUUUUCCAAGUGGAGGUCCGGUGCUCACAAGUAAGUUCUUUGUUUAUCUUAAUUUGCCUGACGAAAAAUAUAUGUAUAUCUUCUCUGAAUGCCAAAUAUUUAAGUUCCAGUCAGUAAAGAUGUCGAAUACGGUUGUUACGUGUUAGUGCUUGUCCUGUAUGUGUGAUAUUAGGGGAGUGUAUUCUAUAGAUUUGGCAGAGUAACUGGAGAAAUGUAGAACGACUCAACAAACGGUAUGCAGACUCGUAACAUUGUGCCAUACAGCUUGUGUCCUGUCAUUGCACGACCUUGAUUCAUAUCUUCAGUGGCAGUACAGAUUUAUGCAGUUUGUUUGGGCCAUUUAUUUUAGGACGACUUAUCAAUGGUUUGCUGGGCCUCAUUCAGGGUUGUUAACUCCGGAAGAUAUGCUUGCUGCAGCACAGAUUUGUAGCCAUCUAAGUCAGUCACAACUCAACGCUCUGGCGGCUGCUUACCAUCAACAACAGCAACAGAUUCAACGUUCCGUUGGUCCAACUGCUUCAGGAACUUCAACACUUGGUCACGUCCCAGGAAUUACAUUUGCACAGGCUCUAGCGGCUGUUACAUCUGUAUCGAAGUCAUCAUCUCCUACUAUUCCUCUCAGUGUUCACAGCUCUCAACAGUCACCUCGAUUGCCGGUCCAUUCAGUUCAAACACCUAUGCAUCAAGGGAACCAAAAACGCCCCCCUAGUGGUCAGUCACAGUUUCACUCAGGACAUCCUAUUCAAAUGGGUUCAACUACAUCUGGUACUCGUCCAGCUUCAGCGUCUCAGGCUGUCCUCCAUCAUCGCGGAAGUCAUCCAGGUCCUUCAGGAUUCGGGACAAUGAGUUCUCACGUCAGUCCAUCACAGCCAAUUACCUCACAUCUGGAUCAUAAUUUGCACAAUGCACAUCAUCAGACAAGGGCUUCACCAUCACUAUCACCCAGUCCUGGAAGCAAUAUUUACCAAAAUCGUCGUUCACAACUGGCCCCCCCUUCAACUCAUCCAAACAAAAGACCUCGUAUUUCCUUAGGAUCCCAACUACCACACUCCAUUUCAUCCUUACCUUCUGCUCAUGUAACAAAUACAAUUGCACCAGCUGAGAUGGAAGCUUUGUUGGGGAGUGUUGUUGCUAGUAAGGCGAUGGCAAGUAUUGCAGCUGGUUCUAACUUUCUUAAUCCAAACGCCUAUUCUGCAGCCACAGAAGUUGCCGCUGCAGCCGCAGCAGCCCUCACACCUUUUUAUACAUCCAUUAAUAAUAGCAGCUUAUCGAAUCCAUCAUCUGUCGUCACUCCAAAUCAAGCUGCUUAUCAACCGCAUAUUCAACAUCAUGGUUCAUUCGGUAGUAAUUCAACUUCUGGCACUCAUUUAUUCAACCAACAACAUGUUUUGCCAUCUUCCAGUUCGGCGUAUCCAGGUUCACUGAUGGGUACCUUACCUGGUUCACUUCUAACCUCGUACAAUAACAGACCAUUUCCUCAUGCAACUGCGUCUACCCAGGCGAUAACUUCCGGGCAAGCCCUAGUUAGUGCACCUGUCUUGGGAUCACAAACUGUAACUAGUCAGCCUCCAUUGUCACAUAUGCCAGCGAAAGCAUCACAUCCAACAUCAGUCUCCCAAAUCCCUUCUCGCCUGAUUUCUGGCCAUCUUCAUCAUCCACCUGCUGCUACUCAUCCUAGUCAAGGCAGUUUCCACCAGUCAAGUCAUCCUUUACCACAACCAGGUUCUCAACAUCAUGUGAUGGGGCAUUCUAAUCUUCCUCAGGGGAGUGGUGUACUUCGACAGCAGACUAAAGAACCGGCUUAUCACCCACAGGUUGAAGCCAUAUCCCCUGCUCCUGAUGAGUCUCGUCUAGUGGAUGCCCAAGAUGCAAAGCUUCAUCGUGAAAGGGAAGAAAUUAACCGUCAACUGACAGUAUUAGAUGCUGAUAUUAAUAAACAAGAAUCACAUCUAAGAAAUCUGUGUGAACGGGAGGCUCGUCUAACAGCUCGACUUGCGGUAGCACCUGCACGCGAUACAUCGAACAAUAAUUUGAACGGUAACGAUUAUGAAAGUAAAUCAGAUAAAGGGGAUCUUGCUGUUCCGGAAGUAUCUUUCACUUGUAAAACCGGUUUCGAACGAAAUUACGAAAACCCAAUACAGGCAAUUAUUUCUGACAACCGCCAACGCACUCGUCAGCGUCAUCUCAUUUUCACAAGACUUUGUGGUCCCAAAGUUCGACCUGGACCACAUGCCCUGCCAUUUUAUCGCCAACCAUCCGACUUAUCAAGUGUAAGGGCUAUACAAUCCAACUUUCGCAACCAUUUCCGUCCAAAACUUGUUGUUUAUCUUCAAAGACGUCUCCGUGCUGAACAAAGUCGUAUCAGUUUUUUGGCUCAACAAUACGGACGAAAUUCUAGAAUGUUUACGAAAAAGAUGGACAAAUUACUCAGUACGACCAAACGUCGUCAACGUGAUCUUCGUCAUCGAGAUAUUUUUGAGAAAGCGAUGCCGGAAGUUAAAAAAAAUCGCGAAGACAGGGAGAUGGGAAACACGGAAUACACUAAACCAGGGAUCGAGGAUGAUUCUGGCGGGGUUUCUAACCUAACUGAUGGUUCUCAGACUACUCCCUACGAUGCUAUCGAAGAGAUGAAUAAAUUAAAGGAAUAUGCGAUUGAUCCUCCAGUUAUGCUUGCACCUUGGCAGCGUCGAUAUCAAUUCAUAUGUGAAUCAGGUUUAGUCACAGAUUGUCGUGCACAGCUCCAAGAAAAUCAAGAUCUGUCGAAGUGGUCGGAAGAAGAAAAGCAAAUAUUUAAAGAACGCUAUUUAGCCACUCCUAAAAAUUUUACUUCGAUAGCUUCAUACCUAGAGCGGAAAUCUGUUGCAGACUGUAUCCACUAUUACUAUUUAUCCAAAAAGAAAGAAGGUUAUAAACAGCUGUUGAAGAAGCAUAAUGCUCGUCGACGCCGAGCAGCUCAGACUGAACGUGGAGGGGGCGGUAGUGCUGGUGGAGCUGCUAGCAAUUCAAAUACUGGCGGGAGUAGCGGAAGCCAUAGUAAUACUAAUAUAAAUUCGAUCCCUCCAUCUUCUAGUAAUUGCCAAAAUGGGCAUACGAAUAUAAAUUCCCCUCGUGGAGAGCGUAAUGAAGCAGAUGAAAAAGAUUCAGGUGGAUUAAAAAAUUCACAAACUGAUUCUUCUGGGUUUCCUGAAUCUAAUGAAACAGCUGAGCAUAAGGAUGCUGACGGAUACAGAAAUAAUAAAAAAGAGACGCAUCAUGGUGGUAGCGGUGGGAGUACUGGUGCAAGAAAUAGAGCUGGACGGGGUCGUCCACCACAACAUACAAAUCAUUCUAAUAUCGAUAACCACAAUGUUGGAUCUCAUGGGCGAAAUCGUGGUGGUAAUAACAGUACUCGAAAUAACGUCGAACCUCAUAGUGUUCACGUUCCUUCGGAUGUCAAGGUACCUGAACAUGAUACUCUAGUUCCUACGAUGGACAAAGAAUCACGGUCUGGAGAUAAUGUAAGAAGUGAUCCUGGAGUACAUAUAACCGUUUCUUCUAAUGCUAAUUCUCAGUGUGCAGAAUCUGUGACUGAUUCAAAUAAACUGGCUCAACCCCGAACACAUCCUGCAGUGGUUUCCAGUUCUUCAACACGCAUCAAGGAUUUGAUUCACUUUGCUAUUGAAAAAAAUCUUACCAAGCCUUCAUCAUGUGAUAACCAAGUAACCACAACUGAAACUUUGUCUUCCCGUAUCUCCUCGAUAGGUCCUAGUUCCUCUCAAUCUACUUCAACUAAUAUGGCAAGUGUAAUUACAAACUCUAAGCAUAAUAAAAACCCUUCAACUUCAAUUUCAACUGUGAUCCCAAGUUGUCUAGUCUCUAGUCAUAUGGUUACGGAUAAUUCAGAUACAUCUAUUGUUUUUCCAUCGACAACGGCAGCUGAGAUUUAUGCAGCUGCUGCACGAUUUGCAGCUGUUAGCGCUAGCGUUUGUGGAAUGAAUACUGAUCCAUCAGUGAUGUCUGUUUCGUCCACGGUUGAUUCUUCCGGAAGUCAUAAACUGGAUGUUAAUAAGUCAUCUGUAUCUACUGCUUCCUUAUCAAGUAACCUACAUUCAAAAUCAGAACUGUCUGAUUUUACUAGCGUGGAUGCAGCAAAAAAAUGGAUGUCUUCAUUUGUCCCAUCAUGUGGUUCUUUAAGUCUUUCUCAUCAAACUUCUGAUAGUCGUCUCAUGGAUCCAUCUGCUUCUAGUAAAGCAAUUCUUAUCGGAGAUUUUUUAACUGCGCAACAACUCGAUCGUGCCGAUUCAUCUAAUUGGGGUGGCAAUCACUCAAAUUCACGCCAAGCUGAUUACGCUGGAUCCUAUCAAGUUUCUAGAUCUAUUGAUCCAUCUACCUUACCUGUCUGUGUUAGUCAUAUUUCUGCAGCUUAUGGGAAUUUUGAUUGUCACCCAGUAUCAGAUUUUCGAACAUCAUCAAGUGUUUCUGAAAAAUGCUUGGGUAGUGAUAUCCUCGCUGAACAUGCUAUUAGGUUGGCUAUACAUGCCAAAGCUGCCGCUGCAGCAGCAGCUGCGUCGUCAUCGGUUAGUCAGUUUGAUGGUCGUAGUUCAUCUGUGUCAGAAAACAAUUUUAGUGGUCCAGAACGCUGUGUAUACUCACCUCUGUCUCCAAGUCCUGUUAAAGCUGAUAGUUUAUUGUCACCUGCCAACCAUUCUACUCCUCCGUGUCAACCUAAUCCACUGUUGGGAGUUCCAGUUUCUAGGAAUGAUACCAAUCACCAAUCGACAUCUUCAUUUAAUCGCCAGCUAGAUAAUAGUCUUAAUUCUAUAUCUUUCAAACCAGAAAAUGAUCCUAACAUGUCCAUAAGUUCAGAUCAGGUGGCAUCAUUUAUUGCAAACGCUAAUAAAUUAUAUCUAGAAGAACUUGGGUCGUAUACUUCUCGUGAUCGAUCUAAUCCUAUACGGACUCUAAAGGAUAACGAAUCUUCUCAGUUUUAUGGUGUUAUACAACAGUUACGGCAGCCAAAGGAGGAAAGUAGUUCUCUCCACCUUCCAAGUGCUUGCAAUGUGUCUGUUACUAAUAUCAACAUUCCGAAUCUGAAUUUUAGAGAUCAGCAGUCGGAAUAUAUGGGUAUGUGUCUACCACGUCCACAUUCAUCUGAGGGUGCCGGUAAUCAUACAUUUGGUUCAUACAUGAAAAGUGAAUUAUCAAGAGGAACUCCAAGAUGUAUACCAUCUAAAGGUCAAAACGAUCGCAUACAAACAUCUAGUAAUCCAACUGAACUCAGUCAAUUUGUAUCAGAUUCUGUCAACCCGGUUAAUAAUAUAGAUUCUCAUGUUUCCUCUAAUACAAGCAAGCGUUCGUCUGUGCAUGGGGGUUUGAAUACACUAGAAAGCCAUAUUAAUAAGGCUAUUACAGAGGAAAUACGAGCUCAAACAAUUUCAAGAAAUUCAUUUUUUCCACACAAUAUAUGUUCGCCUCAUCUACCCAGGACUCCAUCACCUAUUAGCAAACACCAUUCCACACGUAAUUCAGAUUCUCAAUUUCAUUUAAAUGUGCCGCUGAAGAAGCAGGAUCGUUCUAUUUCGCGCUCUCCCGGUAUGGUGAACAGUUCAAUGAUAUCAGGUUCUAGAGAUUCUUUCAAAAAUUCUACUUCUAAAAUCCCAGCACCUGAACUUCUUACGGCAAAACUUCCUGCUGCUAACAAUGAAGACUUUUUAAAUAAAUCAAAUCAAAAAGGGUAUGCACAGAAGCGAAAAGUAUCUGAAAUGGUCAAAAGUAAUUCAUUGUCUAGUAAUAUUGACUCUGCAGUAGACCAUUCUACUUCGCCAGAUGGUGGUACAGAAUCUCCAGGAUUAUUACAAAUAGACUUAGCUGCCUCUGAUUUUUCACCUAAGGUUGUGUCGGGUGCAAUGAAUUCACAUCUUAAGGAUGUUCCUCACUUAUUGUCAUGCAAUACUAGUUCUAAUUGUAUUCAAUCUGUUAAAGAAUGCGGACGUGAUGAUUCCCUAGAUCGGUGGUCACAUACAUAUGGAAAUGACAACAGUAUAGACUGCAAUCAUAGUUCAACGGGAUUGCUAGGAAAUUAUGAUGUUGACUCAUUGGAUUCAGCUCCGUUAAACUCGCUAUAAACGUCUAUUUUGUAUUUAUGAAUAAAGAAAUAUAUUAAUAUGUUUUGAAACGUUGCCAUGGUUAUAUAUGUACUGUAAAAACAUGAUGGAAUUUUAGUUUUUCUUUUUAAACUGAUUUGGUUCCAAAUCUGCUUGUUUUAAUCUGACAUUUAUUUAAAAUAUCAAAUCGCCAAACUUUAAAUUUCAGUAUCAUUUUUGAUGUGUGUCCUAUCGAUUCAUCGGAUAUAGUUUAUUAUUUUGCACUUAUGUUUUCCUUUUUGAAGUUCACAUUUUUUGUAAUUUUUUGAAUACAUGAAUGCUGUUGGCUUACAGACAGUGCAACAAAUUUUAUUUUAAUGACACAUGUCUCUAAUAUAUGUGUAUGUAUGUUGCCCCAUGGACAACUUUGUUUCUUUUUCUAUCUCUGUGUUGUCCUCAACGUACUCUAUUCCUGCUUUUGAAACAUACCGGUUUAAAGUUCUGUUUGUCUUAAUCGACUAACUUAUCGCAUACAAUAACAAAAAGGGUGCAUCAACGUAGUUCGAGUAAUGUAUGCACAAAAAAAACAAUUAAACUUUAUUUUACUAGUUUCAUAUUGAUAUUAAUUGUUAAUCAGGUUUAUAAUAACAAUUAACAAUACUGUUUUAAGUGAUUGUAUGAAAUAGAAUUGUUCUAAUGUUUACUCAUACUAGUCGUUUUUCCUCUUAUUUACGUUACUGUAUAAUCAUUUGCCUUUUGUGUAGUUUUAAGUUCAUGUUUGAUUUAUUUCCAAAUUUUAAACAGGUUUCCUUUGAAAAACGCUCGGUUUACUUAUUUUGAUUGUUAUCCUGUUUAGAUUUAUUAUAAUUAGCACAACAACGAUGUGAUUUCCUCUCUUCCACAUUAUUGUUAUACUUGCAUUUUGACAUUUUGUUACCUAUAUGACAGUAUAAUUGUAUUUUUAUUGAACGUGAUAUGGUUGCGAAUAUAGAAUGCUUUCUGUUUACUAUAGCCUUGGUUGUUGGACCAACCUUGUAAGACAUUUUAUGGGCCUCCGUUUACUGAGACGGUUGUUGUUGUGGAAUCACUUUCAAACAUUUAGAUCAGUAACUGCACUUAUAGAACAAUAUGCUUACUGUUAUAAUUUGUCGUUUGAAUGC